ACGUGAUUGCGGGCAGGCCUUGGCAGAAAAUCGAGCGCUCCUUGGAGCGCAAACUGGACACAGGUUUGCUCGGGUCUAACUGUACGGUUCACUUAUUAGUUCCUGUACGCAGACAUGGAUUGCAAGAACGUGUGGGAGCCGGUGUCACAGUUAAGUGUGCUCAGGAUUUUGCCUCCGUUACGAGUUCAAGCUCGUUGUUUGUGUUAGCUAUUUAGCCAGCUAGCAUCGCGUAAGGAGCUCCGCAAAGACGCUCAGUCUGGUCCGGGCCUGCCUGGUGAUGGACGGAGCGGAUCCGCCAAACCACAGCGGGUCGACGUUCUGUUCACACUGGUGUAUGUGUGUAGCUAGUCCGCAGCAAUCCAAAACAACAGAACCGCCGCUUCCGUGCUCACAAUGAACAGAAGCCCGAGCCCACUGGCCCACUUGCCGGAAAACUCCUAUAAAAUGAGCGAGGAUGACGUGAGGAGGCUGAUCCACUUCAGAGCGUCCAACGAGAUUCUGUUUACCGCUCCAGCUAAGAGUUUGGAUCUUAUGGUUCUGGUCCAGCAUCAUCCUGAGGGGUCUGGGCCUUGAAGGGAAGCUGACGGCUGAACAGAUCGCAAAAAAGUGGGACAAUCUGCGCACCAAGUACAAGGACUUGAAACAGCCCUAUCAGGGUCAGGAGCCCCCGGGGGGCGUGACUGAGUCGUGGCCUUGGUUUCACAUGAUGGAUGAAGCCAUGCAGGGUCGACUGUACAACAGCCAACUGGUGCUGAGCAACCAGAACCAGGACAACCAGGACAUCCUGGAGUUCCUCAUCAAAACCGAGAUGGAGGACUCUGGGGCGACAACAGAAAGAGUCAAGGACGAUGUGACUGUCGCUGAGGCUCCACCCGCCGAGCGUGUUCCCAUGGGCUGGAGGAGGAUGAACGAGUGUUCAUAUAAAAUGUCCGAGACAGAGACAGACCGUUUGAUCAAAGUUCGAGCCGCCAACGAGGCCAUCUUCACUGGCAGGAAGCACACGGCCAGGCCGGCAUGGAGGGCUGUCCUUCAUGAAUUGGGUCUUCAGGGAAAGCUGACCACAGAUCAGCUGGCCAAGAAGUGGGACAACUUGAAGAGGAGGUAUAAGGAGCUAAAGUUUCCGGCGCGAGGCAUGGAAUCCAACCCGAGCUCGUGGCCGUGGUUCUACCGGAUGAACGAUGCCAUGGAGGGCCGCUUGGUCAACGCUGCGCCCGUUCUCACGCCCAUAGUGGAUGACGAAGACGAUGACUGUGAGUUGAUGUCGCCAACGCCCAAAAAGCGAGCAAGACGAAGUCGUGGCGGUAUGGCAGAGUUUCUGAACGAGUCGGAGAUGGACCUGCUGGUCGACGCAGAGGAAAAAAAUGCUUCUUCUGCGUUGGGAGAUUUGCAUCGAAUGUCCGAUUUCAGCUAUAAAUUGACAGAAGAAGACAUUAGGCGACUGGUGGAGCUGAGAGCUGCUAACGAGUCUUUGUUUACCGGCCGCAGGAACAGUGCCAAGCCGGCCUGGAGGGGCAUCGUAAAGGAACUGGGCUUGACGGGAAAAAUCACACCGGACCAGGUUGCCAAGAAGUGGGACAACCUGAAGACCAAGUUCAAAGACUUAAAGUUUCCUCCUCAAGGAAUGGAAGUUCACACCAGCCCAGCGUCCUGGCCGUGGUUCCAACUGAUUAGUGACGCCCUGGAGGGAAGAUUGGCAGGAAAAGCACCCCGGAUCACGCCUAUUUGGACCAAUGAGGAGGAUGCUGUCUUUGUCUCCUCCCCCCCACCGGCUGACAGUUUGAUAGCAGAGAGGACCGUGUGUGAGUUGGACUCUGUAGUGGGCGUAGACAGCAGCGAGCCCGACUGUAAUGUCACUUACAUCGACGCCAGCGGGGAGGAGUGUUCCACGCCGUCUGACUUGUCUUAUAAAAUGACCGACCUGGAUACUCGCCGCAUGAUUCAACUGCGAGCUGCUAACGAGGCCUUGUUUACCGGAAGAAGAAAUGCUGCCAAAGCUGCGUGGAAAGCCAUCAUCCAGCAGCUCGGUCUUCAGGGAAAAGUUUCCACAUACCAGAUGUCUAAAAAAUGGGACAAUCUCAAGCGAAGGUUCAAGGAUCUUAAGUACCCCCCAGCAGGCAUGGAGAGCAUCAGUGAUGGUGCCGCCUCCUGGCCAUGGUUCCACCUGAUGAAUGAUGCCAUGGAGGGUCGCCUGGUGAGUAGCGCCCCCCUCCUGACUCCUGUCACCCAGGGCGGCGAGCAGCACACCGAUCCUGCCCCCAGGCAACGGGCCCGCUCCGCCCCAACCCCCACUGACUAUGCCCAGGAGUCGUUUGGCGGCGGCGAGCAGGCCCGCUUGGUCGGUUUGGAACGGCAGUGGGAGGCGGUGCAGCGGGAGCAGGCUGCUAUGGAGCGUCAACGUGAGAUUCUGGAGGGAGAACGGGUGGCGGUGGAGCAGGAGCGAGCGGCGGUGCAGGCGGAAAGGCUGUGGCUAGAGCGGGAGCGUGCCGCGGUCGAGAGGGACCGUGCCAUGUUGGAGCAGGAGAGGGCAGGGCUGAGCAGAGAGAGGGAGAUGCUUGACCAGCGAGCACUGAUGCUGACGCCCGUCGUCCACUCAGGACACCUCAAUGCCCUCAUGUAGACUUCCCACCCACACCUCUGCUACCUUUGUUGGAGGACACUGGGCUCCUCAUUGUUGCGACUUCACAGACACCUUUGUAGAUUUUAUUUUGGUGAGCUGAUGCAGUUUCCUGUGUGUUGCCUUUGUAGGUAUUUGAUAGCAGUUUCUAUUUAUUGGAGAAAAGAAUGAUAAUGAGGGAGGCGGGACUUCACUUUGUGCCUCAUUAAUAGAAAUUAUUGAAGUUCUAAAGCCUUUUGUUCUGAAAAUAAAAGUGUGAUGCCAUAAAUUCACUUCCUGUUUGCU